CUGGUUCAGUGUUAUCAGAGGCGAGCCUAAGCGCUCGCCUAAGUGCUAAGCGAGGCGAGGCGAGGCUUCAGCGCUUCAUGUGUACUGAGGCGAGGCGAAAUGGCGAGGCGAUGUAGAAGCGCCUGAAGCGAGGCUUAGGCGAUGAAGCGUAAGGCGGAAAGAAGCCACGCUUCAUCGUAUUUUGCCUGAUUUAAGUUGGAGUCAUCUGGGCCCUUGAUUCGACUUCGUUCGAAUCAUCUGGGCCCUUGAUCGACAAAGUUAAUUAGUAAAUAAGAAGCCAAACCCUAGAUCGACUUGGUUCGUCGAUCGUCUGCCGAAGUCGAAUCUCUUCUUCUGGUCUUCUUCCUUUCUUCUUCAUCUGGUUCGUCGAUCGUCUGCGUCUGCGUCUGCGUCUGCGUCUGCGUCUGCGUCUGCGUCUGCUGAAGUCGAAGUCGAAUCGAAUCGAGAAUUAAUGUCAAAGUCGAGUGAAAGUAAAAAAGAUCCGGCAUGGCAAUAUGCACGGAUGGUAAAUCUCCAAAACCUUUCAAAGUUCAUUUGUAACUUUUGCGACACAGAAAUGAAUGGCGGUGUUUACCGAGUCAAGCAACAUCUUGCUGGUGGUUAUAAAAAUGUUGUUGCUUGUAAAAAAUGUCCAUUUCAUGUCAAAGAUGAAAUUAAAGACUAUAUGUCUCAAAAAAGUCAAUCAAAGGUGCAAUUGAUGAUGGUUCUUGAUUUUGAUGAGAUGGAUAAUGAUGACGAUGAUGAUGAUGAAAUUCUUGAGAUAAAUCAACAUGGUAAAAGGCCUGUUUCUACUCAAGGUUCUACCCGUCGAGAACAAGGAAAUAACUCCUCCAAAUCUGUUGGUUCCAAACAACCAAAGCAAAAGGGACCCAUGGAUGUGUACUUCACCCUUGAUCCGGAAGUUGCGGUGCAAAAUCGGAAAGCCAAGGGAAAGCAAACAAGAAUUGAUGAUAAUGAUACUAGCAAGAAGGUGUUGAGAGAUCGGGCUCUUGUUUGGUUUUCAAGGUGGAUGUAUGAUACAGGUAUACCUUUCAAUGUUGUGAACUACAAUAGUUUUGGGCCAAUGGUUGAAGCUUUUGGGCAAUAUGGUCCUGGCAUGAAACCACCAAGCUACCAUGAGGUACGGGUUCCUUAUUUGUAGAAAGAGGUAGACCACACUAAUAAGACCAUGGAAGAUCAUAAAAAAGAUUGGGUAACAUAUGGAUGCUCUUUAAUGGCCGAUGGGUGGAAGGACAAAAGAAACAGAGCAUUAAUUAAUUUUUUGGUUAAUUGCCCAAGAGGAUCAAUGUUUAUUGAAUCUGUUGAUGCUUCUAGCUUAUCCAAGGAUGCAAAUAAGAUAUUUGAAUUGCUUGACAACUUUGUGGAGCGAAUUGGUGAAACCAACGUGAUUCAAGUUGUUACAGAUAGUGCCUCAGCAAAUGUGUUGGCCGGUUAGUAACUUAGUAGUAUACAUUUACUUAGUACUUACUUAUAAUAUGAAUAUGCAAUUCUCAUAUUAUUCUUUUUUUUUUAAAAAAAAAACUUGUAAUAGGGAAGUUUUUGGAGGCAAAGCGGCCACAUUUGUAUUGGACACCAUGUGCAGCUCAUUGCUUGGACUUGUCAUUGCUUGGACUUGAUGUUGGAGGACAUUUUCAAAAUUCCCAACUUUAACAAGACAUUUGAACAGAGUUUUAAAAGGCUUUCCUGAGACUCGCCUUGAUGCUCGCCUCGCCUCGAGACUAAGGUAAAACGCAUCAAGGUUUUGAUUCUUAGGCAUUACUCCCCAAAGGCUUGCGCAUCACAGUUUGAGACAUGUGCCUUAAGUGCGCUUUGUACGCUUUUUGUGCAUAAGCAUGUGAGGAGUACGCACAUGCAGAGGUUGCCUUGGGCUUUUGUUAAACUUAGUCUAUUAGAUUGUUUGAACAUAAAAAAAAUAAUAAAAAGAAACCUUUUUUGCAACUAUAUUCUAUAGGGAAAAUUAAGUAAAUGAUCAAUCAAAAAAAAAAAAAA